AACCGAACUUGCUGAUUCCGUCCUCGCGGCCAGAGAGCAGCUCCGUGUCUGCUGCGCCGGAGUGACAUUUACUGCCGCAGAUCCGGGCGCCGGAGCAAGCGGCUCAGGGAGCGAUUGCAUAGGAGACCCUUUACGCUUCUAGUACCAGACUGAGAAGGAGAGAGAAGAACAACCAAGGGACUGGUGACAUUUAGGAGAAGAGAAGGUGUGAUUUGCGGAGCUGAGACAGGGGGGCUCUGUAAAUACCAAGUGCACGCGCUGGGCUCGGCUGGAAUUGGGAGCUCUGCUUUGCUGGAUUUUGGGUGAGACGAACGAAAUUCCUGACGUUGAUUUCCGACGCAAAUCAGACUGAAGAUCCUGGUUUUGGCGUGGAUAAAGAAUAACAUACAAACGAUAAAAAGCAAGGAUGUCAUAAGGACGAAAAGCCCCGAGUUGUUUUGACAAAAUAGCGUUUUUCUUUUUUUUUUUUACAAGCGUCAAGUACAGUUUCCAUCAACCAUAACGCAGACCAAGCGGCAUAUUUCAAAGAUGUCUGUGCCGAAUGUGCUGGCCAAGGCUCUGUACGACAACGUGGCCGAAUCGCCGGACGAGCUGUCCUUCCGCAAGGGGGACAUCAUGACGGUGCUGGAGCGCGACACCCAGGGGCUGGACGGCUGGUGGCUGUGCUCCCUGCACGGGCGGCAGGGCAUCGUGCCGGGCAACCGGCUCAAGAUCCUGGUGGGCAUGUAUGACAAGAAGCAGCCGGCCGGCAUGGGCCCAGGAGUCCAGCAGGGCACCCCCACGCAGAGCCCGCUGCCCUUUCCCCAGCAGAAUGCCUACACCAAGCCGCCCCCCUCCUCGCAGUACACCGCCAUGCACCCCGCCUACCCCAGCCAGCCUGACAGCGUCUACAUGCUGCCCCCCAACCACGCCAAAGGCCCACAGAGCCUGUACCAAGUGCCCACAGGCCCCCAGUUCCCGGCUGGCCAGGGGAAGGCUCCUGCCCUGCUCCAGAAACAAGGGACCCAGAGCAGUGGGCAGGACAUAUACCAGGUGCCCCCGUCGCUGGGGCCAUCGCAGGACAUCUACCAAGUGCCCCCCACGUCCAAGGGUUCCCCUCAGGACAUCUACCAAGUGCCCCCUUCCGCAGGCGGCCCCGGACAGGAUAUUUACCAGGUGCCCCCUUCCAUGAACCAGACUCAGGACAUCUACCAGACCCCGCCCUCCCUGGAGAAGGGGAGCUGGGAUUCCCCGAAGCCCCCAGGAAAGGUGGUUGUCCCGACAAGGGUGGGACAGGUCUACGUGUAUGAAAACCCAAAGACAGAACAGGACGAGUAUGAUGUCCCGCGCCACCUUCCACCAUCCCAGGAGAUCUACGAUGUUCCUCCAACCAGGGGCCAGUACAACCAGCAGGUGUAUGACACCCCCCCCAUGGUCGUGAAGGGUCCCCCGAGUCGAGAGGGCGUGCAGGAAAUCUACGACACCCCGCCUAUUGUGGAGAAGAGCCACGUCCACGUACAGCAAACGGUGUAUGACUUCCCGCCCUCCGUGAGCAAGGACGUUCCGGACGGGCUGAUCCGAGAGGAGACCUACGACGUCCCCCCGCACUUCGUGAAGAUGAAGAAGAGCCCUGAGAGCAAGCCCCACCAGCCCCCGGUCCAGCCCCAGCACCCCGACGACGUGUAUGACGUGCCGCCGCUGUCUGGGAAGCAGGGCGACGCCACUGCAGCCCAGGAGAUCUACGACAUCCCCCCGAGCUUGCGCAAGGAGCGCCCACAGGACGUGUACGACUUCCCCAGGGAGCACCCGGCCGGGGGCAGGCCGCUCGGGGGCGAGGACAUGGGCGACUACAUCUAUGAUGUGCCUCCCCAGGUGGUUCGGGAUGCCGCCUCCACAGAGGAGCUGACCAUCAGCUUCAAGCGGCUGUCCGCUUCCAGCACGGGCAGCACGCGCAGCAACCUCUCCACCUCCUCGCUGGACAUCAUCCCCGUCAAGGAGUCCUCGGUGACGGCCAAGCCCUCGGGCAGAGAGCUCCAGCUGGACCUGGACGUGGCCAUGGAAGUGUUGGUCAAGCUGCAGCACAGCGUGGAGAGCUCGGUGUCCAGCCUCAUGUCCUUCAUCAGCAGCAGCUGGCGCAGCCCCGAGCAGAUGGAGGCCAACCUGCAGGGCAUCCGCGCGGCCGUGGAGAGGGUGAAGAGCUCGGUGAAGGACCUGCUGGAGUUCGCCCGCGGGGCUGUGGCCAACGCUGCCCAGGCCACUGACCGCACUCUGCAGGCCAAACUCAGCAAGCAGGUCCAGAAGAUGGAGGAGGGCUACCAGGGACUGCUGAAGCACAGCCAGGCGCUGGACAACUGCAACUGGGCCCUCAGUGUGCUGGUGGCUGGCAAGACCAGCUCAGGGGACGACCUGGACCGCCUGGUCAUGUGCUCCAGGGGUGUCCCCGACGACACCAAGCAGUUGGCCUCCUUCCUCCACGGGAACGCUUCCCUACUGUUUAAAAGGACAAAGCAGCAGGCGCCGCACACCCCGCAGCUGGGGGACUCCAGGCACACCUUCUCCCAGGCCGGGCUGGAGAGCCUGGGCCAGGUUACCAAUAACAACAACAUCUCGGCCUACCAGACUGGCCUGCCUGAAAAGCCCAACAUCCAGUCCAGACCACUGCCCUCGCCACCGAAGUUCAUGGCGGAGGACACACUAGACAGUCAGUAUGAGAACACAGAGGGAGGCUGGAUGGAGGACUAUGAUUAUGUUCAUUUACAGGGGAAAGAGGAAUUUGAGAAAAACCAGAAGGAGCUGUUGGAGAAGGGGAACAUUAUCCGACAGGGUAAAGCCCAGCUGGCCCAGCAGCAGCUGAAGCAGUUCGAGCGGCUGGAGCAGGAGGUGACCCGUCCCAUCGACAACGACAUGACCAACUGGACGGCCCCCUCCCACUACCCCCCCUCGCGGAGCAAGCUGAGCCCCGGCGACCGGCAACUGCUGCUCUUCUAUGCCGAGCAGUGCGAGGCCAACAUCACCACGCUCAACAACGCCAUCGACGCCUUCUACUCCUCCAUCAACAACAACCAGCCACCCAAGAUCUUCGUGGCGCACAGCAAGUUCGUCAUCCUCAGCGCCCACAAGCUGGUCUUCAUUGGGGACACCCUGUCCAGGCAAGCCAAGGCCCUGGAGAUCCGCAACAAGGUGACACAGCACAGCAACCUGCUCUGUGACAAGCUGAAGGAGAUAGUGGUCACCACCAAGACAGCGGCGCUACAGUACCCAUCAGCCACUGCGGCCAAGGACAUGAUUGACAGGGUGCGGGACCUGGCGAACUCCACGCAGCAGUUCCGCAUGGUCCUGAGCCAGAUGGCCUCCCUGUGAGAGCCCACAGCAGGGAAAAGAAACCUAAUAUAAACACGGACUAUGAACUCUU